AGUAAAGAAACACAGAGAACUCCCCUAACCCUUAGAUUCGAACCAAGUCCACAAUGGCCUCCACAAAGAAGUCAAGCUCACGACACAACAGUGCUCCAGCCCUUAAACAAGGCACAUUGGCGUUUUCUAGUGCUAAACGCACGAAUUCGAACACGAGUGCUAAGGCGAAGAAACCUCCUCCGGCACGACGGUCAUCCUCUGCAAUUGAGAUUGAGAAGGAAAAACAGAGAGCUGAAGAUGUAAUCGACGAGGAGACAGACAACGAAGAGGACAGUAACGACGUGCUUGAGAUUUCUUCGGAAGAGGAGUACUCACCAACUCCUGUGAAGCGAGUACAGCAGAGCGCGAUUUCCAAUGCCACGAAAACAUCGACAUCUAGUUCCAUGAAGAGGCUAAAGGAUGACCCACCUGUUGUCAAACCUGUGGAACAACGGCCGAGUUUAGAUGUAUCAAGCAAGAGCUACCGCAAACACUAUGGACAAGUACGAGAAAAGAUGGGCAACCUUGAACCGAUUCAUGCAGAAGGGCAGAAUAAAAUUCAUCAGAUCCUUCGCAUGUUUGACAUGUCUUACGAGUAUGGUCCGUGUGUUGGCAUGACACGUCUUGAGCGUUGGGAGAGAGCUGCUUCAUUUAGUCUUAACCCACCCGGAGAGGUUCGGGAUAUUCUUUUGACCCGAGAAGGUGUCGAAAAGAAUGAAUAUUCUCAAUGCGUGCUCUAUGGGGAAGUGUAACUUUGACACCUGUUCAAUGU